AUGCGUACAAAUUUAACUGAAGAUGAUCUAGAGCUCCGUCUUCCUCUAGUCCGAAAUAUUGACCAUAUCUAUGAUAUUGUAGAUGAAGAAAAUGCAUUCUCUGCAACUGCCAAAGGCGGAUUUCAAUUCGAUCAAUCUUUGCCUCCUUAUUCUUGCAGCUGCAGUGUAUGUUUUUUACAAUCAAGAGGAAAAAUUAAAACAGCUCCUCAAUUUUCAAUUGAAGAUUCUGAUCUAAUGGUAUAUGGUCUUCAAAAAAGCUUUAUUUGGCUUGCUGAAAAACUUGGUGAAGCCUCUCUUGAUAAAGGCAUCCGGAUUAAUAUCCCUGAAACUGCAGCCUUCAAACAAGGAAAGCCAGCCUUUAUUUUAUCUCCAAGCCGAGAUAAAACCUUAAAAUUCAUAAAAUCAGCUGACAAGCUAAAAGUCCAAGAAAUGAUCAAAAAUUUUGCAAAUGUAGUAAAAUUCAGAAAAAGGGAAACUGUUGGAGGUGGUGGAGGAGUUGGAAGGCGACAAAGAACAAUAAUAAGCAGCAAGCCUAAUCCUUCAGAUCAUCGCAACGAAAUCAUGUGCGCGAGGUAUUUUAUAGGCGAUAAAGACAAUUUUUCGCAAAAUCUCCACCCCAGAGAUGAAGAAGGCCCUAUUAAAGUUAUGGACGAAAAUGAGAUUUUUCAGAUAAUUUAUGAAAACCCUGGGGUUAAUUAUUGGAAACAUAUUUCUUAUCUUCAGACUGCUUUGAAAUGUAGAAACGGGAUAGGUGAAUCGGUACUUUUCACUUAUUAUUCUCAUAAAAAAGAAGAUAUUCAUGCAAUUGGGGAAUUGAAAAAUGCAGGAGUUACAGAAAAUCCUGAGCUAGAAGAUCGGCUGCAAAAUGAAAAUCAGACUGAAUACUGCAAAUUAAUUUGCCAAAGAAUUGCGUAUUUUUUAGCUGUUCACACUCAUUUUGAGCUUCUCAAAAUGCAGGCUGAAUUUGUUUCAGAUGAAAACGGCAAAAUGUGGCUUAUUUUUGCAAAUAAAAUUUUCGUCAGAGAAAUCCAAAUGGAUAAUGAAGCUGCUCCAUUAGUAUUCUAUUUCUACUAAACACUCCUUAAUAAUGCUUUUAUUUCCUAUAUAAAUAAGUCAUUAUUUUAAACUAAAAUUCAAUUUACCUCCUUAUAUUUAAAAAAGUGAAAAUUAUUUCUGAGGAAAGAAAGCAAAAUUUGGAAUCAAAACUAAAAAUUUCUUCAGUUGAAAAAUCUGUGUGUGCAAACCGCCUUUCUUCAAGAAUGAAAGAAUACUAUGAAAAUCUCAAAGAAAAAAAUGGGAUCAACGUCUUGUUUGAGCCUACCCCAUCAGUUGGUACAUUAAGUGAGGAUUUUUUUAAACUCAGGCCCUUGAUGCGCUGUGCAGUAAUUUCUCCGAAAAAUGACCCUUACCGUAAAAAGAAAAAAAGAGCUUUAAAGCUUGCAAUUGAUACUCAGUUUGAUGGGAGUUUAUCUAGCCCUAACACCUUAUCUCAAAAACGCUUUGGAUGAUCUUUGACUCCUAAAAUCCAAGCUGAAGAUAUUCUUUCAAAAGCAUUAAGCUCCAGGUCCAAAAUGUCUUCAACAGGCAUGUCUAGAUUUUUUACAUCAGCCAGUACAAAUAGACUUGAUACAAACUAA